AUGUCUCCACCUCGCCGCGCUCUCAUCGCGAUCACUUCCGCCCAUGCCUCGCUCUUCGAAGGCGGUGGCCACCAAACCGGUGUUUUCAUCGGCGAAGCCCUGCAUCCAUACAACGUUCUCAAAGCUGCGGGCUUCGAAGUCGAUGUUGCCUCUGAGAAAGGAACGUGGACAGAAGACUGGCUUAGUCUCCAGCCUGGUUUUCUAAGCGAUGAGGAAAGGAGGCAGUACGAUGACAGGAACAGUGACUUCCGCAGCGAGAUAGACCGGAAUGUGAAGGCAGGGGAUUUGUUGGAGAAGGAGUAUGGCAUCUUCUUCGCGUCUGCGGGACAUGCGGCCUUGAUUGACUAUCCCCAUGCUACGGAUCUUAAAAAGAUCGCGGCCAGAGUCUGGGAGAACGGCGGCGUCGUCUCCGCUGUCUGCCAUGGCCCAGCCAUCUUUGCUGACCUUCUCGACCCCACUACUGGCAAGCCUAUUAUCCAGGGUAAGAAGAUCACUGGUUUCACGACGCAAGCUGAGGAGGAGAUGGGAAUUAUGGACAGUCUUCGGUCGUGGAAGGAGCCAUUGAUUGAUGAGCAUACAAAGUCGCUCGGCGCUGAGUAUGUUCGAUCAGAAGGUGUUUGGGAUGACUACCACAUUGUCGACGGUAGGAUUGUGACCGGCAUGAAUCCGCAGAGCGCAAAGAGCACGGCCGAGGCAGCUGUCGAGGUGUUUGGAAAGCAGCAGUGA